CACUUGAAAUCGAGCUAGCUGAGAGUGAGAGAGAGGGAUGCUGGAUGCUGAACUUUUACUUCUUCCCCUUGUCAACUCAACGCUUGCGUUUGUUUGUUCAUCGCAGAAACCUAGGUCUAAUCUAUAGAUUUGAAGUCAUUUCCCAUUCCAAUGAGGUAUUCUGAGAGGAUUUAUCAAAGCAAUGUGGGAGCGAAGAGCGGAGCCAGCAGCUGAACAUUGUAUAAAUUCCUGUCGCUGUCUCAGUGAUGGGUUUUUCAAGAUCUGAAGAUGUGCAGGCCCGUUCGAAUGUAGUUCCUCUGUUCGACAUAAGGAACCUUCGGUGGAGGCGUUACACAAAUUCUCAAUUGUCGUCAGGUUGCAACAUCUCCAGUAGAGACAGUUUUGUAAAAAGCCUAGCAGCAGCUGAGCGUCGUCACAUCAUCUCUGCUUGCACCACUGAGAAUGAUGAUUCCCGAGGUGGUAGUGCGGAAGAUGGUUCUUCUCGCGCCUCGUCCAGGUGCUUGUGGAUCUUUUGGUUUGGUGAUGAGCCAAUAUUGAAGGAUGUUCUUUCAGACGAUUUGAGAGAAACGGAGGUGGGGUGCUGGGAACGUGGUGUCAGCACUCAGUGUGUGAGAGUACUCUGUGAUGCACUCAAGGCCUAUGUUGAAAGGUCACUGUUGACGGUGAAAGGAGACAUACGCCUUGGCAAGUACAUUGCGACUGGACUACGGAACCGUGAAUAUGGUAACUCCAUCGUGUUGUUAUCGCUUCAAGUGUUCCUGAUGGGCACCUACUACUUGUCUUUGCUGGUGGAUGUACUACAAGCAUGCACACCGUUGCAACCAGUCACCUCCGCAGCUUUAUUGGCGGCCAGCGCUUCUGCAGAUGGUUUGCCAGUACGCCUAAGUCCGUCGGGUUUGCCUGCCCGUCUGCACGGCGCGUCAGUGCAGUCAGAUCGUCGCAGUCUCAAGUGCUUAGAGACGUGGAGGUCGUUCUACCCGGUACCGAACUGCUCACCGGACGUCAACAAUGUUGUAGACAUAUCCAUAGCUGGUAUCCAUAUGACCUAUCCCACGGCGCUGGUAUUGCUCACGACCGGUGCUCUUGAUAAGCAUGUUGACGAGUCCACGCUGCCACUGUCUGACCUGACAGCACUAUGCCCGGCAGCAGUGCCUGCUGCCUCGGCUGCAUACGAGUAUGGCGUUCGGCACACUGCCACCCACGAACUAGCUACUGUCGAUCGAUUAGCUAAUCGACUUCACUCGGACAUGGUCUACACUGGCUCGAAACAAAGACGGAGAAGCUGUGUCGCUGCAGGUUCUACUACUGGUAAUACUCUCCUACCCUCCUCAACACCAGCGGCACAAGCGUCAAGCCCUGCAGGCUUGGACUCCGGCAAAAGACCAGCAAACCGCCAGUCCUUCACGCGGCGUCUAGACAAGAGAAGCAGACAGCGGACAUCGUCCAACCCUGGCCUCGCAUUUGUCAAACCUACGUCCGGGUCAGCUUCAGGAGCAGUAACGUCUGACUCGCAUCUUGGUCUUCCAGGCAGUUGCUUCCAGUUUCCGACUGCAAGUAAAUCCAAUGUUGCCGGUGGUGGUGGUGGUGUCGCUGCUUCUAUUGUGGCAGCUGUAAACUGUCCUUCACGACCAGCUUCACGGCUGUCAUGUCGUUUCUCGUCUGCUGCCAGUUCUACAAUACCGUCACCGUUCUUGGCUGCGGCAGGUGCAGCUCAGAAAGAGGUUGAUGUGGUUGCCCUUAUAGAGAAAGCUGCUCAAGGAUCUCCCUCAGCAGCGGUUGCAGCAGCAACAGUGCCAUCUUCACAGCAGCAAGGCAGCUCAUCCCUGCCUGUAGCUACUGUUGCUGCUGCUGCUGCUGCAGCUACAUUGUCACCAGCAGUAGAUGGCAGUCUUGCUCAUGUUCCAUCGCUGUUUGCAGGUAGUACUCUAAGACGGCAUGAUGAUCGAGUAGCAACCAUUGCUUCUCCUACAUCCAACAUCCCCACUUCAGUUGAACGUCAGCCAUUUGAGUCACCUGCUGCUUCCAAUCUCCGACCACCGCCAUCUGCUGCCUCGUGUACUAGUCGAGAAUUGAGUAGCGAUGUGCAAACUCCUCGACCACCAACACCUCAGUCAUCACAUGCAGCAAUAGCGGCGAAGCUGGUCGGUCUGUAUAAACUGCCAGCUGUCAAUGACGUGGCAGUCAAUCAUCUCUCUCCCUGGUUUGUCGACGUAUCUGGUGUUGAUGGCAAGUUACCCGUGCCCUCUAUUCUCACCAGCACCGCAGCUUCGCACAGUGGUGCCGGCGGUGUCUCAACGCAUGCCAGUCUAACAGCAAUCGCCAUGACUUCGUUGUGUCAGCUAGUCUCUGAUCAAAUCCUGACACCACCCAGUGAUGAGGAUCGAACAGGUCACAACCCCGUCGAUAGUCCUAGUAUGGUUACUAGUACUGCUGCUAGUGGCUCAGCUGCAAGUACUGGCGCUCUGUCUGUCGCUGGUGCGCAUCCUGUAGCAAAUGUGGCUGACAGCAGCAGCAGCAACAGCAGUACGAUAGUAAACACUUCCACACAUCACGCAGCAACUCUCUGGGCGUCCAGACCAACAGCUGGAGCUGCAGAGACUAGUGUUGCUGGGACUGGGAUUGCAGCGACAUCUUUAGCUAGUAGCCGCAGCAGUACAGCAGCAGGGCCUCAUGGUCCUGUCCCAAUUGCAACGAAGAAAGAAGACUGCAAAGACUACACGCAAAUCGAGAGUAUCACAAUCUCACGCAACGAUUUUGAGCAGAUGUUCUCUGACGAAUCGGGAGAUGAGGAAUCUACCCCGGCAGCUGCUACUGCUGCAGCCGCUGCUGCUGUAGUUGCUGCAAUGGAGGCAGAUGACAGAGGUGCCGGAGGGGAGAAAACGCCCUUUAAGCCAGGCAGUAUUCCUCAGUCUGGGUUCGAGUCGUCAGCUCAACGGCCACCCUCGCUAACAACGGACAGGAGUUUCUCCGGCGUCUCCAUGGUAGCAGCGGUGGGAGCUUCAGCUGGACCAUCACUGGUGGAGGACUGUGAGCUGGGCAGAAUGUUUCCAACUCCGCCCUCUACGUCAACUGCGGACUCGUCAGUGACGACUACUGCUGCUGGCAGUGCUAAUUCUCUCCCUGGUGCUAUUCUGCCUGGUGGUAGUGUACUCUCCGCACCGGGGUAUUACGCUGUGGGCAGUGCUUCUGCAGGGGCAACGUCUCCAGGUGUGCCUCAUUUCCAAGGAAGCCAAUACUACUCGCUUAGUGGUGGUGGUAGCAGCAGCUAUACGUCCACUGCUUACAUGGACACCAGCCAACAACAUCAACUCAAUGAACAGCAACAACAACAACAACACCAGCAACAUCAGCAGCAGCAGCAGAUGCUGCAGCAGCAGCGUCUGUCUGGUCUGACCUCACCACCGACGUCAUCGGGGUCUGAUUUUGUGGAGAGUGUAGCACUGAAGAUGUAUGCUACUGUAUCUCUACCCAGUCAAGUGGAUGAUGACUUCAAUAGUAGUAGUAGUACUGGUACUACUGUGGCGGUCGACAGUGCAACCAAGGGCAGCAGCAGCAGCAGUCUUCUUGCCAAGUCUAGACUCUACGUCUAUCAGGCCAAACAUCAUUCUAACGAACAAACUAUUGACGAUGCGAGCUCCACUACAAUGGAGUUGCCAGGUACGGCAGCGCUGACACCCGGAGAAGUCCUGGCAUCGGUGAAAAGUCCUCUCUCGCCUGCUGCCGUCAGUGCUGGCAUGCUGCAUGGAGUUGCUGCUGGCUCAGGCAGAAAGGCAGGUACACUUGUAGUCCCUCCGCCUAUCAACACCGUUCCCGGCAGCUCUGCCGCACCCGGUACGGCUACUCCUGGUGCAAUGGCUGCGGCGGCUGCCGCUGCUGCUGCCGGAUUUCUCCUGUCGCCUUCAACAGUUACAUACACACCUAUGUGUACUAGCGGAUCACAGGGCUCUGCGUCUGUUGAGUCUUCGUUGCAAUCCGCCGUACAAUCACCAGCUCCUGCCGCCAACCUCGGGGGCAGUGCUGCUGCCGCAUCUGCGGUGGUGGACAGUGUGGACUUCUUCUUGAUCUUUGAGGAUGUGUGCACGGCAGAACAUGCUAGUUGUGCGUCGUUGUCGUCGCCACUACCCUGGUCAAUGCCAUGGCGUGCGCCCACUGCAACACAAGCAUUACACGCUGCUACCGCUACCACUGUGUCUAGUGAUGACGGUAGAGGCAAGGCGUCUGGCCAGGAUAGGAGCUUUGCUACUAGGACUACUGCCAGUGCAUCACACCAGAUCAGGACAGGGCUAAAGAGCGGCUCUGCAACUGCCGCAGGCAUCGGCAGCUCUGCUCUGAUGAGGAGCGUGUUGAAAAGUCGACACCACCUCCAGUCACUGCUGACUAUCACUGAUGAAGCAUUGCGUCUAAAGCAGCUCCAACCACACACGCUAGCGUUGAGCAAUGUGCAGCAGUCGUUGAUAGCGAAUGUCUUGCAAACGUGCUGUCAGCGCUCAACAUUCUGCAGUCAGUUGGAUGAGGAUAGCAUCAGCGGUAUGGUCAGCAAGUAUGAAUUGCAUGGCAUUGAAGUAUUAUCGGCGUCUCAUUGUCAGCUACACGACGCUGUGGAGCAUGUGCACCACUCACUCUCAGUGGUUGUCAAUGUCUUACAAGCGGCGGCAGCAUCGACUGCAGUACUCCCAGUCAUGGCAAGCGGUAGAACAAGCUCAGCAGCGACAGCCAGCAAUGUUACCACCAGUAUCAGCGUAACAACAAGACAACCGCAGCAGCAGCAUCACCAGCAACAACAACUACCGACACAUCAGCAAGCUGGUGGCCAAGCCAUGGCUUGGAAUGAUCUGAAGUCAUGUUUACCAGGCACGAAUCUUGCGUGUUAUCAGCUUGGAAUUCCCGCUUUUCUGGUGGGAUAUGAGAAUGAUCUGGUCUCUGCAUCACCAUUCGUACUACCUUACUGGGAGAAGCUUGUUCUGCAGUCGGUGACGCCGCAGUGUCGGCUACAUUAUGUUGCACUGGUCACAGAGGAUAGUAGCGUGGAUUAUGACCUGUGUAGGACAUUCUUCAGAGAUGUGUCUUAUGUCUUCAAGGAUUGCCACUUUGGCGGCCACAGCCCUUUGCGGUACAACUCUCAUUCUGAAGCUGUUGUCAUUGUCGACUCCAAGUCCAUCAGGAAAAGAUUGUCGGAAAUGAUGGAGUGCAUGGAAAGAGUGCUGGCUCGUUGUCGGCCCGAGGCUGUGGAUAAUAUGGAUUAUCAAUCGAUGCAGUCGGAUGAUCUAUCAGAUCAAUUAGUGCUCUACUUGGUUAUGCCCAGUAGAAGAGUGCAUUCUUCAUCACAGCAACACUCUGCUCCUGCUGCUACUGCCACAGGUAGCACUGCCAGUAGCGCUAGUGCGGCUAAGGAAGGAGAGCGGUGCAUGGAAAUCGUCUUGGACUGGAUCAACCAACUUGAACCAGCGUUCCGACGGCAUUCUAUACAGAUACAGAUUGUACUGGACUCGCAAGUACUAGAUGGUGUGGACAUGUAUUCGCGACCAUGUCAGCCCUCAUCCUGCUUCUCAUCCUUAUCUCAAUCUUGCACUAAGGUAGACACCGGUAAUACCGUGGUCUGGUCGGAUGGCUCCAGGCAACUGGCAGCCAAUGUGUUUCGCCAAGCUAUGGACCAUCUCACUGAUGCAACCCGAUUUGAAGCGCUGACUGACUUUGCGACUAGCACGGAGCGCCAUAAACUCCUUUGCGCUGCACAUAAAGCCAAGGUGUCACCACGGCUGCUCCAGUGCUCUCCGUUUGUCCUGGCUCCGAGUAGCAUAGCAUGGCUGAGAUCAUCAGCGGCGGCUGCUGCGUCAUCUCGCCACCCGACUCUACAGCAGCCAUCUCCCAGUUCCCAUAGUGAUGUGUUAGCGCAGCGAGAGAGAAAGACUGGACGCUCAGCCACUAGCACUCCCAUCAAGGAGUUGCUACUCUCUACGUCCUCACCCGCAGCCGCCUCACCAGCCUCUAUCUCAUCUACAACUAGUAAAGGCCACCACCAUGCCUCCUCUGCUGCUAGUGAGUCUAGUCAUGCUGGUAGGGCUCUGGGUGGUCCUGCUCAGCAUAGUAGUAGCAGCAGUAGCAGGCAAGACUGCACACAAGAGAAGCAGGCAUCGGUGUUGUACUGUAGUUACGGCUGGGUGGAGGGUAACACCGUGUGUGCUAGCCUCAUGGACAGUACUGGUCAACAGCAGCGUACCCUCACGCUCAAGCUAGCAACACCUGCUGCUGAUGCUGCUGCUGCUACUGGCGCAACUGGUGCAACAAGAAGGUCCACCAUGAGUGCUGCUGGUAGUAUGGACUCUGCUGCUACUAGCAGUGACAAUGGCAGUAGCAGUGACGGCACUCAACUCACGGUUGCAUACCAGGAGCUGUUCAAUUCUGCCACCAAGUUCAUUUCCCAUACUCUGCUCUCAUGGAAGUUUGUGUUUUGCCAUGUUGGGCCUCUCUCUGCCGAGCACAUCUCUGCCUGGCAAGAAGUCCUGAGUAGCAAAUCCAUAUCGGCUGUGUUUGACGGACAGGUCUGGGCGAAGUGCGGCGCGUGUCAAAAGCUCCCCUCAAGUCUUCAGCCUGACUUACUGUCAGUCAGUGUCGUCAGUGUACAUGUGCCUGCCUCUCUGCAGCUGACAAUAGACAAAGAUCUUACUUCCAGUGACAAGCUACAUCAGCAUCAAGAGCAAGAUGUAUCCCCGUCCGUUUUGUCUGGAAGUAGUGCUGCUACCAGCAACAGUGCUUGUCACGACAGUGGUUCAUCAUUACCAUGGGCUGAGCUGUGUGUCUUGGAUACACACAGUGUUGCAGACAAACAGUCUAUGACCGCAGCGGCGGCGGCGUCGGCAACAGCUGCAGCUAGCUCUCUGUUUCACUCUCUACCCGUACAGCUAGGCAUGCUGUCACCGUCAACACUACCAGGAGCGGCAGCACCAGUAGCAGCAGCAUCGUCCACAUUACUCCACACUGGCAGUGUGCCAUGUAAUACUGCUCAUAUUCCAGCAGCAGCAGCAGCCCUAGGAACACUAGGGGCAGGGGCAACGUUAUCAGUGCAUCAGCAGCAGACAGUCGGACUGGAGGCGGGUAGUUUACACAACCCUUUCGCUGCUAUGAUGCCGUCUCCGAAUUCUCCCGGUUUGGCGGAGGGUAUGCUGGCAGCGUUUGGUAUGACAAGUCCCACAACGGCCAGUACUAGUGGUAGUCGAGCAGCAACUACUGCCGGAGGAGCAACAGGUGGUGAGGCAGGGUAUCACCCUAUCUCUACUCUACACAUGGACAUGCUGGGUUCUGCAGGCACAGCAGCAGCAGCAGCAGGUACCAUCUCAUCAGCAUCUCUAGGUGGUGGUGGCGGUACUCCUAGUAGUAUGAGUGCAGCAGCUGCAUCCACGUAUGGCCUUUCUGGCCUGAUGCACGGUACUGCUGGUAUUGCUGGUGUUGCUGCGACCGCCGGUCCACCUGUCAAAAUUGGCAAAACCAGUAGCGGCAUUGCUGCUGGUGCUCAUAAGAACUCUCCAGCCCAAGCCGCAGCAGUCUGUCCUCCACCAUUAGCCAUGUCCUGGCUAGCAACAAACCUUGAACUGGACUUAGCGUCAGCUUUCUAUCUGAACUAUUCGCGCUUGACCGGUGCUGGAAAUGCAACUCUAUUGCAGUCCUCGCUACACAUCCACAAGAGCGUGCAGCUUGAUCAACGCUGUAAGAAGUCACCAUCGAUCACCGCUGUAUCUUCAGCACCGUCACAGUCAUCUGCUGGACCCUUGCUCUACACAGAUGUUCUCAGACGUGUAAUGGAGGAUUUCUACAGCCAGUGCUGGCUGUCGUGUGGCUGGUCGGCAAGCCUGCCCAGCACUUGCUUGCCACCGCACAUCACCAACGUUACACGCCUAGCACACGCGCUUAUUGCUAUCAGCAAUGCCAGCGCUGCUAAUGCUGCUGCUGCUGCUGCCACGACCAGCCAUCUAAGCAGCAGCAGCAGCAGCUCUGCUUUUACUAGUGCCAGUAAUACUGCUACAAGUACUGAAGUCAGUAUGGAUAGGAGUAGCUCAGCAGCUGUUGCUGCUGGUGGCGCUGGCAUUGCUUCUGUUGCCGGUCUUCUUGGCAAUAUCUCCACGGCCGCUAGCGGCGCCAACCUCGCUGUUAGGCCCCCUGCCAUGACGCCCAAGCCUGCUCCUCCGGUCAUCAGUCUCCUGUCAUAGUUGUGCAGGUAUGAUGAUGAGGAUGGGGAUGAGGAGGAUGGUGAUGGCGUCCAUAGUGGACUGUAAGUGAUGUGUUUAGCACUACCGUCGCUCGGCUAUACCCCCGCUACCUGCUUAUAUGUAUGUCUUGUGCUCACUAGUAUUUACAUCAUCACCGUUGCCGAUUACAUCAUCACCGUUGCUGGUUACGUCAUCACAGUUGCCGGUUACGUCAUCACAGUUGCCGGUGCUGCUGCUGCUGUUAUGUUCAUGUCAUUUCAUGUGCUGUGGCUUAUUACUAUACUUCUUCUCCUGAGCUAACAUGUGCUCGCCUCGCACACAGACACUUUGCAAGUAUCAUAUUUUCACCUGAACACAACGGGUCUGACUUUCACAGCAUCAUUGUUCUGCCAUAUUUUGUCAAAUGAUUUCUUGAUCUCCUCUGGGCUGGUUCCAUCCUCAAUAUCUAUUUUUACAAACCAAUUUUUUAAUGUGAGAUCAUGAUGCUCUCUCUCUCUCUCUCUCUCUCUUUGCUCUCUGUGUCUCUCUAGGCAGAAUCCAUCUUAUCGGCUGUUUAUCUAGUAUUCCUUUUGUUACUCAGGAUCUCGGAGUCUGAAUUAGAAUUUUUAGCGAUGCACCAUCGCAGUAGUAGAUAGUUUUGGUGUCUGUUUUUUAUUAUCUGCAACAUGUGUUGUAUGUUGCGUCAUCAAGUGUUGCUAGCUUGCAGUGUGUGGUAUAAGCGUCAUCAAGUGUUGCUAGCUUGCAGUGUGUGGUAUAAGCAGUGGCAAGUGUUGCUAGCUUGCAGUGUGUGGUAUAAGCAGUGGCUGCUGGUCUGCAACACCUAUGCAUCUCUUUCUUUCUCUUUCUUUCUCUCUCUCUCGCAUGUACAAUAAUUAUGUUAUGUUGAGCAAGACGGCGGCUGAGUUUCUGUCCUGUUUAUGCUUCUCCAUACCCAAGGUUCAUAUUGAGAUUGCCGUGCUUUGAUGCUUUGAGUUUUAUUCAUUCUGUCCUGUUGGUAACGUCCAUUUUGAAAUAUUUACAUCAUCUCAUUGUACUCAACCAUCUCGUUGUGGAAGCGCUCGCUUCCCUCUCAUCUGCUUGUUAUUGUCAGAAAGAGCCAACGGGCACCAUCUGCACAACAUUCAUCCACAUUGAUAUCUAAUAAUCCACAACAGGCAUUCGUCGUGUAUUGCCGCGCAUCUCCUCAUUUAUUGUAUUUUAGCCUCCUUGGUGGUGGUUUCAUGUAGCCACUGCUGUCGUUUAUGUAUGCUCAUUGUUAGCUCUUUCUGUCCUUAGCAUUGACUAAAGUCUAUAAGUACUUGUUAUACUUGG